AUGCUCAUGGACGGACUUGAGUUUUCUUUGGGAGACUACACGCUCAAUAUGGGAGCAACUAUCACUCUGAAAGAACAUCCCGACCUCAAAACGCGUGAGUUGGUGUACAAGAAUAUCUAUUCUUCCAGGGGAGCACCCGGGUUUGGUGUCAUGCAGACGCUCAUGAUGCCAAUGUCACAGUUAGCCUUCAACUCGUACACAAAGGUUCAAGUCGAGAAUGUCACCCUUGAUGUGAACAUAGAGGAUAAACGGCGAACGGCGAGCAUUCAGAGUCUCCGGAUGGAUAAACUCCGCUAUCGACCUGGGGAUACUGUUGAGGUGGAAAUUACUUUGCAACCCUAUUUCGAAACCCCCAUAGUGCAGACAGGGACAAUCACGAUUCCUAAAGAUGUUCCAGAGGGGGUCGUCACGCUCCUUGCCACCAAUGCCAACUUUCACGAAUCUUGGCAGCGUAACCGGGCACCCUUGAAUUUCGCCACAAAACAUCAACCAAUUAGUCGAAUUGUUGGCAAACGAGGCGAAAAUAACUCGGAAAUUAUUAUGGAACUCUUUGUGCUGAACCGGGACUCACUGUUCAGGGUAAAGAAUUCGCACAUCUGCCGCCUUCAGUCAUGUCCGUCAUGA